AUGACAGGAGGUGGUGCAACACUAGUCGUCUCAAACCUGGACUAUGGAGUAUCAAAUUCAGACAUGCAGAAACUCUUCUCAGAAUCUGGUCCUCUACACAGUGCAACGGUUAAUUAUGACAAGUCUGGUCGCUCCAUGGGUUCAGCGUACGUCGUAUUUCACCGAAAAGCAGAUGCAGUCAAAGCUAUGAAACAGUACAACAGCGUUCCUUAG